UGACUGGGGAGUUGCUGUUCGUGACUUUUUUAUGGAACUUAAAAUAUUGUACGUUCAACGCGGGUGGCAAAAGCGCCAGGCGAUGAAAGAAAACAUGACGGUGGAGAACAAAGUGCCAGAUAGUGUAUCUUGUGUUAGAAGCAGUUGUGCCUAGGGAAUGGCAGAUGAUGUUACUGAACAGCCCAUGCCUGAAGACGAUUUUGAACUUGCUCUCCUUGCUGGCCUUGCAGCUGGGGCUUCAAAGCUACCAACACAUGCUGAUGCAGCGCGCAACACAGACAGAAGCGUUGAAAGAAACAGAGACGCCUGGAGUCCUGCAGCUGUUUCUCUCGAUAUGUGACGGUCGGCAUGGUGAAACCCAGGUUGAGCACGCUGAUGAGCAUACUGCCAGAACUUCAAGCACACAUACUUCAGAAAGCCACGACCGUUGUGAUACUGAGGAAAAUCAUCCCUGUGGAGCUGAACAGGUGACACCAGUUGGAUCAUGGAAAAGGAAGUGCGGCUUUGAAGGCUCUCGAACGCUCACCAGUUCAGAGAAGGCCCUGCAGGAUCUCUGCGGUGUCACCAUGACAGUGUCUUCCAUUCUUCUGAACCUCCUUCCCGAACAACGCGAGAGGGCCUCUGAUGUCUCUCGCGAAGACACACUGGCUAUACUCCUCAUGAAACUGAAGCUUGGAGUAAGCUUAACGGCAAUAGCAGCACUGUUUGGUGUGACUAAAUCGACAGCAUGCCGUGUCUUCCACACAACAUUAGACCAGCUCAGCGCAGUGACCAGAGAGUGGAUCUUCGUGCCACCACGUGAGACAAUCAAAGAGACACUGCCACCAUGCUUUCAACGCCACUAUCCAGACUGUACAUUUAUAAUUGAUUGUACAGAGGUCAGGACAGAAACUCCAUCUGACCCUGAACAACAACAUCACCUCUAUUCGCACUAUAAGGGGGGCUACACAUUGAAGUGGCUUGUAGGGAUCAUACCAAAUGGGGCAGUUGCCUUUCUUUCUAAGCCGUAUGGGGGAAGACAUUCUCAUUCUUUCAUCACACGUGACUCUGGGUUUCUGGCGCAUGUGCUGCCGGGAGACGUCGUACUUAGUGACAAGGGAUUCCCGGCCAUUAAGACCACAUUUGAUGAGAAAGGUGCCGUGCUUGUCAUGCCACCGUUUAACACGGGAGGGCGACAACUUUCUGUAGAAGAUAUGUAGACCACUUUUGUUAUUGCUCAGGUCAGAGUACAUGUUGAACGCACCAUACAGAGAUUGAAAUUGUUCAACAUCCUCAACAAUCGUGUGCCACUCACACUUAUACCGCAUAUGGGAAAGGUGACGCAUAUCUCUGCAUGCCUGGUGAAUUUCCAAGCCCCAAUUAUAAACUCGUAACUAUCUUAUGGAGGAUAGCGAAUGGGUUGUGCAUUGCACAUUUGACGUUGCAUUUAUUGUAUAGAAGUACUUCUUUUGUGGCAGUAUUUCACACUGGUCCUCUUAGUAAUGUGAAGAUAGAAAAGUUGCUUGUUAGUCUCUCACAAAUAUUUUAUUGCACUUGCACCACU